GCUUGGCACUCCAAGGGUGUACAAGUUUUUCCAGCGUAUUAUCACCGAAGUGAUCACGUACCGAGAGAAGAACAACGUCAGCAGAGCAGACUACCUGCAGCACCUCAUCAACCUCAAGAAGAAAGGAAGCAUAGACGCAGACAAGGACAUCAGCAACGGCCACGAACACAGAGAAUUCGACUCGGAGCAAAACAGGUUCACUGAUGUGGACAUAUAUGCACAGGCAUCUACCUUCUUUGCCGAUGGUUACGAAACGUCGUCUGGUGCGAUGGCCUUCGGGCUAUACUGCUUGGCUGUUAACCCUGAUGUUCAGGCGAAGGUACGGGACGAAGUGGACUCUGUUCUGAAGAAGCACGACGGUCAGCUUACUUUUGAUGCAAUUCAAGAAAUGACGUAUUUGGAUAUGGCACUGUCCGAAGCGCUCAGGAUGUACCCUCCGGCUAUGGCCAUGAUAAAAUUGUGCACCAAACCAUUUAAACUACCAACGCCUUCCGGAGGAACAUAUGAAGUGGAAGUGGGCACUCCAGUGGUCUUACCGCUGUAUGCUAUCCACUGUGAUCCUCAGCACUUUCCAGACCCGAAACGUUACGAUCCAGAGCGUUUCAGCGAAGGGAACAAGCAAAGUCGACACCGAUAUUCCUAUCUGCCUUUUGGCGAAGGUCCUAGGAUGUGUCUAGGCUUUCGGUUUGCACUGAUGCAGGUGAAGGCUGGUAUUGCCACAGUCAUAAACAGAUUCAGGCUGCUUCCUAACAAGAGAACCCCAGUUCCAGUUAAACCAGAUCCGAAUUAUUUCAUGUUCGCUGCUAAGGGCGGGCUCUGGCUCGAUUUCGAGAAGCGGACAGACAAAUGAACAUUUGCAAGAAUGCGGAGAAUCAUAUAUGUUAUCCACAAAAGUGUAAACGCAUUGUUAAAGCAUUUAGCAUACUCUUUAAUAACAAUUACCUAUACAUGACAUCAGCUAGGCUACAUUAAAGGAGUAACUAAGAUAUCAAAAAAACAUAUGUCGAAAACUUAAUUUUAGAAAAUUGCAUGAGAGAAUAUUUUAUCCAAAAUACAACAUUGCAUAAAAGUGACAUAUUUCUAAUUAUGAUGGGACUAUAUAUUAUCACGUGGUUAUGGCUCCGUGACUAAUAAUAACGGGGUUUGGAUUGGAUAAUUGGAUUUAUUAUUCUUCUAUAAUCUCUCGUAAUCGCAAUCAAUUACAACAGAUGACAAUCCAUGACUAGACUGACUCCAUUCUAACUGUACUCUCACUGUCUUCUGCCGCUUUCUACUGGCUUCUGUCUACUUCUCCGGCUGGCUGAGUUGGUUCUUUUCUGAAUGUUAUUUUUGAAUGUUCGUUUACAGGAAAAUGUUUCGUACAGAAUCGAUAUCUAAGAAUUUACCUCCAUCAAACAUGGUUGUCAACUCUUUCCCUAGCAAUGGGUCUACGUGUCACAAUAUACACGUAGAUUAUAAAAAUGGCAUACUCCUUAAAACAAA